AAAUGACCUACUUUGAGAGGACCUCGACCGACCAGACAUCUGUCAUAGAUACGUAUCUACAGUCUACCAUAACAAUGUAUAUAUUGAAUACAUAAAAACCUAUCGCAUGGAUAAAUAUUCAUAAUAGAGGGGAAAUGCUAUUUUUAUCUGUACGCUCGGAGGGUGAACGGAGAAUUUUGGAUGUGAGCCAGACUUCAGCGUAUUACAGCAGAAGAGGAAUACUCGGAGUAAAUAGAUAGAUUAUAGAUAUGGGCGAUCUGAUGUCCAAAAAGUCCAGUGGAUGGGAGGGCGAUGACCGUUACCUGCAAACAGAGUUCAGUGUUAUGGCCAAAGACCACGGCGGAGUAUUGUCAACAGGACAGUUAACGAAACUCCUCAUGGCUCUUGGUUUCGGAGGGGACGAGGCACUGACUGAGAUGCUUUUGAAAGGAAUGCAUAAAGAAAGGGAAGACACGAUCACGCUGGAUGAAUAUGUUGAAGCUUUGAAAUCGCAUGAGGACGUCAUGGUUAAGACAAGCAAACUUCGAGUGAUCUUUGGAAACUUUGAUGAUGCUAACGAAGGAAGGGUUUCCAAAUCAAAGAUUAAGACGAGACUUCGAGUAAUGGACUUUGAGGUGGAUGACAACAUGCUAAAGGCCAUUGAAGAAACUGAUGCUGACAAAGACGGAUACGUCACCUAUGAGGAGUUCCUAACGAAACAUCUAAAAAAUAAGGGAUUCAUCCCAAAAUAACCAACUAAUGUAGAAAUUAUUUAAGAUUCGCCAGACACUUUAAUAAUGCAUAUAUUUGUUAUACUUAUAUCUAUUAACACAUAAUGUGAGUUAAGAAACACGAUUCUUACUCUGAUAUUUCAGAACGACAAAUUAAAUGUAUGGUUGAUGUUAUGUAUAACGAUUGGUGGGAAGUAAACUUCAACCUACAGAACCUUUAUAUUAUAAUGGUUAAAACAACAGGGUAAUGUUAAUUUUCGAUUUAAAAUGUAUUAAUAGGGGAAGCGCUAAUACACCAAUCUUGUAUCUGGUGAUUAUUUCUAAUUUCACUUUUUGGGAGUAAUAUAAUGAAGAGAUUUUAUACAGAGCCAGAAAGGUCCUCACUGUCUCGUAUAAGGUUAAACGCCCGUGUUUUUGUUGUCUAAUCACAAUGCUUAGUUCAAUAAUAUCCAAGCUUGUACAUUGCACCAUACUCCGAUCGUCUUGCGUCUCUCUUAAGGUUAUAUGCUACCUGAUCUUUAUGUCUAUGGUUUUUGUUAGAGUAAUCGCCCUUUUUUAUUUUAAUGGCUAGUUUCCGGUAUUACUAUUACUUAAUAACCUUUGUGGAUGAAAUGGUAUCCGAGGAACAGCACAGUACAUCAAGUCAGAUCUAAAAGCAACGGAAAUGAGUAUGUCAGUUGCUUUCAGGGAACAUGUUUUUGUCAGCGUUGACUUGGCCGAAGGGAAUACACUAUUAAUUGGAUGUAUUUAUAGGAGCCCAAACAGCACAGAGGAAAAUAAUGAUGAGUUAAAUAAUCUUCUACUGGAAGUAGGUAACGCCAAAUAUUCACAUAGACUCAUAAUGGGGGACUUCAAUUACAGAAAUAUCAACUAGGAGAACUACACAACAGAGUAUAAAAACAAGACUGAAAUAAAAUUUAUUGAAACCAUCAGGGACACGUAUCUAUUUCAGCAUGUGAAAGUUCCACGAGGAUAAGAAAUAACCAAGAACCCAGCCUACUGGACCUAAUAUCUACAAACGAGGAAAAUAUGGUUGGUAAACUAGAUAUCCAGAGUCCUCUUGGUAAAAGUGACCAUGGAUGUAUCGCCUUUUAAUUUAUAUGUAAAUAUAACAAACCGAACAGUGCAACCAUGAAACUAUAACCGCGGGGACUAUCAAAAGAUGAGGGAGGAGCUAAACAUUGACUGGGAUUCCUGUCUACAGAAUGAAAACAUGGACGAAAACUAUAAUACAUUCAUCAGUAAAUUAUUAUUGGCGGUAGACAGACAUAUCCCAAAAAUCAGUCAAAGAAAGAAAAAACACAAACAAUCAUUAGAUGUCAAGACAGUGGAAGCGGUUAAGAAAAAACACCGAUGCUGGGAGAGAUUCAUGGAAACAAAGGAUCAAAACAAACAUGCAGAAUAUGUCAAGGCAAGAAACAAAGCAAAGAACUUAGUUAGAAAAGCGAAAAA